UGGAGGAAAGAGUGAAUAGCACCCACGGAAGAUUACUUGCCUCCCCUACUCACUCAGCUUAUGCUUUGAUUCCUUGCCUUUCCAUGAAUCCUCCUCCUCUUUUGAACUUACCAUCAAAUCAUCCCUUCUUCCCCAUGACUUCAGCACCCAAUCCUCAUACCCUUCCUCCCUGUCCACACCAGCCAUGUCCUACCCCCGGCCUGAAGAAUCCAACCCUCAUUUUCGGCCGCGUCAGCGUGGAUCGCCUCCUCCUCACCAACUUGUCGAGCAACCAUCCCCAGAAGCUCGAUUUGCACGUCCGCUGGCGCGACCACGAGAGCAAUUCCGACCCCCUAUUCAGGAAGACCCGACUAACCACCCUCCCUAUGCACUCCACCCACGCCCCCAAGGACUUCCUCAGCCACCGAGAUCUCCGGCGCCGCAACCACCCCCACCACGGCGAGAGAAACCUCGCCGCAAAGUUAAGGUAGUUGCAACGCCGCAACCGGCACCUAGUCCUCCAAGCUCUCCGGUGCCACAAGAUGAACCACAUCAUCCAUUACACACACCCGGCCCGCGAGCAUCUUCUCCACCCCUUGAAGAAUCUCGGCCACAACCACCACAAGGUCAGCCUGGCCAGCCAACGAACCUCAGGUUCCCUCCGGCGCAUAAAACAAAGUUCCUGACAUGGUGUCUUGCCGCCUUUUGUGCGAUCUUCUGGGUCGUCAUUAUCAUCGGAGGCCUCAUAGUCCUCAUCGUAUACCUCGUCUUCCGCCCUCAUCUCCCGAAGUUCGAAAUCUCUAGCGCCACCCUCAAUGCAGCAUACCUCGACAUGGGCACCCACUUGAAUGCUGACAUGACCUUGCUCGCCAACUUCACGAAUGCAAACAGGAAGGUCAGAAACGACUUCAGCUAUGUGAUCCUUGAUCUUUACUAUGGGGGCAACCCGAUUGCAACACAAUACAUCAACCCUUUCUCGACUACGAGGCUGGAGUCCCGGCUCGCGAGUGUUCAUAUGGUCAGUAGCCAGGUGAGGCUUCCAUCGAGAGACAACGAGAAGCUCAAGAAGCAGCUUGAGAACAAUGCGCUGCUGGGGUUUGAACUCAGGGGGGUGGUUCGGGUCAAAUCGAAAUUUGGGAGCUUUCUGAGAUACUCCUACUGGCUGUACACCCAUUGCACUAUCAUUCUCACCGGACCUCCUACCGGGGUUCUCAAACAAAGCCAUUGCCAGACAAAGCGUUGAGCGAUCGGACAUUUUGAAGUAUUCAUCGUCAGAUUCGUGUUUGUUUCCACACAUGGUCGACAUUUUGUUGUUUGUUUCGUUUGCCUCGGCACUGAGAAAUUUUUUUGUUUUCUUUUGCCAAGAUUUCAUGCAUCUGUUGAUAUUGAACACAUGAUUUUCACGCCAAUUUCCAUUGGUCAAUGGGUCUCCAGUGCCCUCUCUUGUCCAAAGAAAGGACGCUGCU